AUGACCCCAGUUGCUGCCAUUGUGUUCGACAGUCGCCACCGCAAGGUCUUUGGACGCCACCAUCAUGGUCAUUUGCACAGUCACGAACCAACACAAACCCCCAUUGGCCUACAAUCACCAAUAACAAGCACUCAAUGGUUUUACACUGCGUUAACGCUUUCCGCGGUACAUUCUGCAGGAUGUUUCAACUACUUCAUUGCCGAUCGAUAUCCUGAUGCGAGACCAACAUGGAUCGGUGCAGUAAUGCCGAACUUUGGAGCAGGAAGUCUGUGGAUUAGAUACGUGGCGGCAAUGUAUUGGACGAUAACGACUAUGACAACGAAUGGAUAUGGUGAUUUGCAUGCUGAGAAUCCAAGAGAAAUGCUGUUUGAUAUUUUCUACAUGUUGUUUAAUUUGGGAAUGAAAGCAUACCUCAUUGGAAACAUGAUGAAUCUCGUCGUUCAUUGGAUGAGCCGCACGAGAAACUUUGUAUGUUCCCUUCUGCUUCUUACUCGGUUCGCCUUUUUGAUCAUUGUGGGGAGAUUUGAUCUUAUGAUUGUAGAACUAGAAACAAAUAACAACGGUUUUUGCAAUAUUAAGGAAUAAGGAAGAAGACAAGUAUUUGAGGAAAAACUCGAAUGCUAAAUAGUUGAGAUAAUGGUAAAGAUGACAAGUACAAGAAGUAAAAACAAGUUAAGAAAAAGGGAAAUUUAUAUAUUUAGCACACAAUUCCUCUGUAUUUACAUGUCUCACACCUACACUUUCAUAUUGACAUACAUAGUACCAUGGUGUUUUAAAUCUAUGCAUCAACAGGUAUAUUUCACUUUUAAAGUGGUAAGAAUGCUAAAUUUUAUAUGCUAUUAAAGAUUUGAGUGUUAUGUGUGUAAAUAUGAAAG